AUGCCUCCGGUCCUCGCGCCGCUGCGCCGCGUCAUGGAUCAGGAGGAGGAGACCGGCAGGCUGCAGGAGGAGGAGACCGGCAGGCUGCAGGAGGCUGUGGCUGCCGGAGCUCUCGCUGCCGUCCAGCUCCUCACACGUCAGGCUGCAGCUGCAGGAGCGGCCAGCGGACGAUCAGUUCUGCUCAGGGAAACGUGUGAGGAGGCCGAGGAGCUCGCUCCGUCCAGGACACCAGAAGCUGCAGCAGAACCGCAGCAGAAGCUCCGCCCCCUCGCAGGAGCAGACCCUCAGGAGGAAUUGAGCAGCCAAUCAGAUGCUCCCACAGGUGGGCCCCGCCCAUCAGAGCAGACUCCUCCCUCUGCGCAGGAGAAACGUGUGAGGGGGGCGGGUGGCAGGAGGACGCGGGGGGCGGGGCCUCUGAGCUGCAGCUACUGCAGGAACAGCUUCAGCAAGCAGAGCGAGCUCAGAGCGCACGUGCGCGUGCACACCAGGGAGCGCCCGUUCAGGUGCGCGCUGUGCGGGAAAGGUUUCUCCGCCAAGUGCAGCGUCAAGGUUCACCAGAUCACCGUGCACAACAGAGAGCGAGCGCACAGGUGUCAUCACUGCGGGAAGCUGUUCGGCACACGCAGUCACCUCCGCGAGCACCAGGCGCCGCGCCACGCCGCCGGCCUCGCCACCACGUGCACGCUGUGCGGCGCCGCGCUGCCCGCCAGGUGCUGCCUGCGGACGCACAGACUCACCUGCCAGAGGAGCCGAGACAGGCUCAGCUGCUCCGAGUGCGGGAAGGACUUCUCCAGACACAGCUACCUGCUGGCUCACCGCCGCGCUCACCUGGACGAGAAACCCUUCAAGUGUCCCACGUGCGAGAAGGGCUUCACCACGCGCCGCAGCGUGCACGUGCACCAGCUCACCGUGCACAAAGGGUUGAAGCCGUUCACCUGCAGCGUCUGCGGGAAGAUGUUCAGCCAGAGGAGCGGCCUCAGGGCUCACCUGAGGACGCACACGGGCGAGCGGCCGCACGCCUGCCAGCAGUGCGGGAACAGCUUCUCCAGCCGCAGCGGCCUCAAGGUGCACCAGCGCGUGCACACGGGCGAGAAGGCGUUCCGCUGCGACACCUGCGGCAAGAGCUUCAGCGUGUCAGCCAACCUCGCACGCCACCGCCUCGUCCACACCGGCGCCCGGGCCUUCCGGUGUGACGUCUGCGGCCGCCGCUUCACGCAGGCCAGCCACCUGAAGGUGCACGCCGCCGUGCACAGCGGCGAGUGGAACUUCAUCUGCAACGCCUGCGGGAAGGGCUUCAAGCAGAAGAGCGCGCUGCUGGCGCACGAGCGGAGCCACGCCGGCAUCAAACCGUACGCCUGCUCCAACUGCGGGAAGAGCUUCUCGACGGCGAGGUCGCUGCAGCGCCACCGGCUGACGCACGCCGAGCACAAACCGCACACCUGCGACGAGUGCGGCAAGAGCUUCGUCACCGCCCAGAUCCUGAAGUCUCACCUGCAGCUUCAUGGCGGCGUCAAACCGUUUCCCUGCGACGUCUGCGGGCGGCGCUAUAGCUCGCCCAGCUACCUGAAGACGCACCGGCGCAGCCACUCGGAGGGGAAGCCGUUCGCCUGCGCUCGCUGCCAGAAGACGUUCUCCACGCAGAGCAGCCUGACGCUGCACCAGCGCACGCACACCGGCGAGCGGCCGUACGUCUGCGAGGUCUGCGGCAAGAGCUUCAGCGUGGUGCAGAACCUGGUCCGACACAAGCGCGUUCACACCGGGGAGAAGCCGUUUGAGUGCGGCGUGUGCGGGAAGAGCUUCAGCCAGGCCAACAACCUGAAGGCCCACCAGCAGGUCCACACCGGAGAGAAACCCUACAGCUGCUCCGCCUGCAGCCGCGCCUUCUCCUGCAGCAGGAGCCUGCGGGAGCACAAGUGUAUCGCCGCCGUCUGACGGGACGAGCUCAGGUCUGAAGCUGUGAGGGAGCUGCAGCUGCUGGAGCACUGAGGAGACAAGAGGCUGCAGGAAAACCUGCAGAGAUUCAAAUCUGAGCCUCGUCCACUUCCUGCUGUGAGACAGACACACAGAGCGCAGUUCAGUGUUGUGUCCAGCAGGGGCAGCACUGAGCUAAACAGCCUGCAGGUCAGUGUUGUGUCCAGCGGGGGCAGCACUGAGCUAAACAGAGCAGAA